AACCAAAGCAACUUAGAGAAUGGAUUAGUAAAAAACCAGAGCUUAUGAAAUUUCACCAGGCCCAAUCCCAGCAAAAGACCGUCAGUCGCUAUAUGAUUCAAGCAAAAGCUCAUUCUCUUGCUACCACUUCUA